GAGGCCCCGAGAAGGGACUCGCCCACGGUCCCGCGGCUGACGAGGGGCGGGGCCGGGAUCGGAACCCGCCACCUCGGAGUCUCCCCCGAGCCCCGAGCCCGGCCCCGCCACCUGUGAGCCGGGUGACUCCGGACCCGUCGCUUCGCCUCUCUGGGCCUCGGCCAACCCCUCGGGGGAAGGGCAGGAAGAAGAAGAAGAAGAAGAGGAGGAGGAGGAGGAAUAACGACCGUCGCGGUCGGGGCCGCUCCGGGUCUCCCCCCCCGAGGGAGGGCCGGGACCCGUCGUCGCCGGGAGGGCAGCGUCGCGGCCGCCGCCUCGGCCCGGAGGCCCGCAGGAGGACGCGGGCGGACCCCGCCGUCGCCACCGAGGAGGCGCGGGACGCCCGGGCGGAUGGCCGCCUCGGCCUCGGCGGACGGAGAGCCGGAAUCGGGACGCUGGUGGCGGUAUUUCUUCCUUUACGACGGCUCCAAGGUGAAGGAAGAAGGGGAUCCGACCAGAGCCGGGAUCUGUUACUUCUACCCCGCCGAGACCGACCCGGACCGGCAGGAGCUGCUGUGCGGACAGAUCGCCGGCGUCGCCCGCUGCCUUUCCGAGUUCUCCGGCUCUCCCCCGACUCUCCUCCGCCUCAGGAGACUCAAGUUCGCCCUCGAGGGGGACGGAGACUUCCUGUGGGCGCUGGGAUGUGCCGCGGAGCUGCCCGAUGUCAGCUGUCAGCGUCUCCUCCAUCACCUCGUCGGGUUUUUCCGUUUUUAUAACGGCCCCGUUUCUCUGGCUUACAAGAACCGGGCUUGGGGGGAGCUGGGCAGGAAGUGGGACGUCUACAUCCGGCACAUCCAGAACACCACCGGCGACGCGCACAGGAUCUUCCAGGCCCUGGGGAACCUGGACAAGACACAAGUGGAGCCUCUGCUGUUGCUGAAAGGGGCCCUCAUCUUGCAGACGUGCCAGAGGUGUCCCCACGUCCUGGCCGGCUGUAUCCUCUACAGAGGCCUGAUAGUGAGCACCCAGCUGGCCCCUGCCCUGACGGCCUGGAUUCUCACCCAGGACGAGGCUGACGGGCGAGAUCGGGGCCCACCCGGAGGAGCGGAAGGAGGCGGCGGCCCGGAGGAACCGAGCCCCGGACUCCCGCCCGACGUCCGGAUCGUCCCCGUCUUCCUGACCCGAGACGAAGCGGACGCCCUCCGGGCCUUCCCGCCGGAACGGAGGAGGAGGAGCUCCCCCGCGCCUCAGGCCGACGGAGGAGACGACUCCCCGCCCGCCCCGCCUUCCCCCGAACCCGGAGGGCCCCGAGGGACGGAGGUGGGCCGCCCCCCCUCGCCGGACCCCGGCCCGCCCCCGGAGGACCCGGGGGCCUCCGCGGAGGCGGGGCGGGGAAGGGGAGCCGGGGCUCCCUCGGCCGGAGCCCCCCGGGACCGGGACGUCGGCCGCCGGCCGGAGACGCCGGAGUCCCCGGGGCGCCGGCCCGAGGGGGACCCCGGCGGCCACUUCCCCGCGAGCCCCGCCCCGGGGCGGCUCCCCCGGAGCCCCGGCGGCGAGCGGGCCGGGUCGGAGGCGGGUGACCCCCCGGCCCCCCUCCCUCCGGAGGGCGAGGGCCCCCCGACGCCCACCCCGCCGGCCGAGGCCGGGCGGCCCCGGGGCCCCGGCUCGGACGCGGAGGGGGCGGCCGGAGGGGCCGCGCUGGUGAAGAUGAGCCUGUACGUCCACCGCGUCCGAGGGCUGGUGCUCACGCUGCUGGCCGAGCGGCCGCUCCGCGCGGACGGCGCCGCCGCCGAGGAGGUGUACUACAGCAGCCUGGCGUCGCUGAACGGGCUGGAGGUCCACCUGCGGGAGACCUGGCCCCGGGCCCAGCCCUUCCCCGCCCGAGCCGCCUACAGCUUCGCGCACCACGACCGCGUCCGGAACGUGCUGACCGCCAACCUGCCGCGGGGACCCACGGCCCAGGACCGGCACUUCCUGCGGGCCGCCGGCCUGGCCCACGCGGACUUCGCCCGGCUGCCCACCCUGUACGAGGUGACGCUCAGGAACGCCUCCGCCACCGUGUACGCCUGCCGCAACGCCGCCCACGAGACCUACUUCCAGCAGCCGCGGGGCGGCCCGCGGCUGCGGCUUCCCCGACCCGCAGGACGGGCUCUGCGCCCUCUCCGCCAAGGCCAAGCAGAAGAUGAUGAGGCACGGGGUCAACCUGCUGUGAGCCGCGCGGCGCGCCGGGGACCUCGGGCCGCGCCGGGGGACGGCCGGGCCCUCGGCCCGGAGACUCUCUGGCUCCCGUCGCCGGCCGGGCCCCCGGGGCCGCGGACGGAAGGGGAGCGGCGACGGGGGAGCCCUCUCCCCGCCCCCGGGGAGGGCCGGGGCCGUCCCGACGGCUUCGGAUCUCCGUCGACCGUCCCGGGGCCGGGGGGCACCCCCCGCCGACCUCCGGCCCGCCCGACCCGCUGCCCCUCAGCCGAGGGCCGCGCCCCGAGCGGACACGCGCGUGGGCGGGACGCGGGCGGAUUCCCCGAGGGGCGUCGGGGGCCGCAGGAGGGCCCGGGGACGGACGCUCCCACCCCGGCGCGGGCGCCGUACGUGCGCCUGCGCCUCCCACGCCGGCCUUCAGAUCAUCAGAAACGCGGCCGGUCCGGAAAGCCUCACGUCGAUUCGGUUCCGGAGAUCGUCGAGCCCGAGGGGCGGGUCCGGCCGCCCGCGGGUGCGCCCGCGCCCGUGUGCGUGUCCUCCUCUCUCACCGAGUUUGUCCGCCCCGUUGACUCGGUAGAAUGAGAUUGCUCGAGCGGGUGAUGCGCGCGUGGCCUCCUCCCCCGUAAAGUUCGUUCGCCGUACCGACUCCGUAAAGCGAGAUCACUUGAGUGGGUGA